AUGUCCUCAGGAGCUCUGCUGAGCAGCGGCUGCUCGUCCCCCUGCCAGGUGACCUGCCCAGAGCCCUACGUGGACGCCUGCAACCAGCCCUGUGUCACCUCCUGCGGGGACUCCCGGGCCGUGAUCUACCCCCCUCCCGUGGUCCUCACCUUCCCAGGGCCCAUCCUGAGCUCCUGCCCCCAGGAGAGCCUGGUGGGCACCGUGCUGCCCAGCCCAGCGGGGGCAACUUCGGGGGCUCCGGGGGCGACUUCGGGGGCUCCGGGGGCAACUUUGGGGGCUCCUAUGGAGGAGGAAGUUCCCCUGGUGGUCCAGGCGGGUCGGCGGCGCAGCCCCAGGAUGUCCUGUGAGAAAUCCGUGUGCGUGGAGCCGUGUCCGUGCCCCUGCCCCUGCCCCGGGCAGUGCCCGGACCCGCGGGCGGCCGCCUGCACCGAGCCCUGUGUCAUCGCCUGCCCCGACUCGCGGGUCAUCAUCUUCCCGCCGCCCGUGGUGGUGACGUUCCCGGGGCCCAUCCUCACCACCUACCCCCAGGACACCGUGCUGGGCUCCUCGGAGUCGGCCGAGCUGGCGGGAGCGCUGGAGUCGGGCGUGGCCGUGGGGGGGUCGCAGAAGGGGCUGGAGUGCCUCGAGUCCUGCUUGUGCCCCGUGCCCUCCACCGUGUGCCCCGUGUGCUCCGUGUGCCCCGUGUGCUCCGUGUGCUCCGUGUGCUCCACCGUGUGCUCCGUGUGCCCCGUGUGCUCCGUGUGCUCCACCGUGCACCACCAAGUGUGCUCCGCCCUGUGCCACCCCCUGUGCCACCAAGUGCGCUCCACCUUGUGCCACCCCGUGUGCCACCCCCUGUGCCACCAAGUGCGCUCCACCGUGUGCCACCCCCUGUGCCACCAAGUGCGCUCCACCGUGUGCCACCCCCUGUGCCACCAAUGCCCCCCGCCGUGCCCCGCGCCCUGUGCCACCGCCGCCUGUGCCACCAAGUGUGUCACCAAGUGUGUCCCCGCCUGCAGCACCCCCUGCGCUCCCCAGUGCCCCACCAAGUGCGUGCCCGAGCGCUCCUACACCUACUCCACCCGCUGGAAGCACCCCUGCCAGAGGGGCAUCUGCAAGAAGGUCAAGGCUUAA